AAGAAAAAGAAAAAGAAAAAGAAAAAGAAAAAGAAAAAGAAAAAGAGAGAAUGAGUAGAGGAAGCGGAGGUGGAUAUGAUCGGCAUAUCACUAUAUUCUCACCUGAAGGUCGCCUCUUUCAAGUUGAGUAUGCGUUCAAGGCAGUGAAGGCGGCUUCCACCACUUCCAUUGGAGUUCGCGGCAGCGAUUCUGUCUGUGUUGUUACUCAAAAGAAGGUUCCGGACAAGCUUUUGGAUCAGACUAGUGUUACUCACCUUUUCUCUAUUACCAAGUUUCUUGGUCUACUCGCCACCGGCAUGACUGCUGAUGCAAGGAACUUAGUCCAACAAGCAAGGAAUGAAGCGGCGGAGUUUAGGUUCAGAUAUGGGUAUGAAAUGCCUGUCGAUGCAUUAGCCAGAUGGAUCGCAGACAAAUCACAAGUUUAUACUCAGCAUGCAUAUAUGAGACCUCUUGGAGUUGUUGCUAUGAUUUUGGGUAUUGAUGAAGAGAACGGGCCUCAACUUUACAAGUGUGAUCCAGCUGGACACUAUUUUGGUCACAAGGCUACAAGUGCUGGAUUGAAAGAACAAGAGGCUAUCAAUUUCCUGGAAAAGAAAAUGAAAAAUGACCCUUCUCUCUCCUAUGAGGAAACUGUGCAGACUGCUAUUUCUGCUCUGCAAUCUGUUCUUCAAGAGGAUUUCAAGGCUACUGAGAUAGAGGUGGGAGUUGUGAGAACAGGUGAUCGUAUUUUCAGAGUGCUGUCCACUGAGGAAAUUGAUGAACAUUUAACUGCCAUUAGUGAACGUGACUGAUUUAUGGAGUAAACAGAGGCGCUUGGAGGAAAUGGUUAUGCUUUCAUUUGAAUUUGAAGUUAUCAAAACAUAUGCAUAAUUAAUCUUGUAUUUGGCAGGGAAAAGGAAGAUUGUUUUGAAUUGUAUUCCCAGAUUUCAGUUAAAUUGCCAAAACAUGUUACCAUUAUUGCCAUUUCUGCAGUUGUCUCUGUCAGCUGUUUUCCAAGAAAUGAUAAUGGGCUAAAUGGCUGCGGUUUAGAGAACCUUGUACUUGGUCUAAACUAUUUGCAUAUGUAAGCUUGGGAUAAUGUGAUAUCUCGAUUGCUUGGUGUUCUGUA